AAAAAGCCUCAAAAUUCAGCCUGAAAACGAAGAGAGAGAUUCGAGAGAAAAAGAAGCAAAAAUGGCGAGUGUAUGUGGAAGAGCAAGACAAGCCCUACAGUCUUCCACUAUCCACGCUACAAGAAAUGCAGUUUCCAAACUCUGUGGCACCAAAUCUCCUUCGUUAGCAGGAGCUUCUAAGUUGCCUGGCUGUGCACCCUCUCCUAACCCUCGUUUCUCUCCUCAUAAAUGUUUCAGUUCUUCUAGAAUUCCGGUAGAGUUGGGUGGUGCUCAAUCGUUAAUGCCUUUGCAUAGUGCUACUGCUUCUGCCUUGUUCAAUUCCUUGCUAUCACUACAUUCACAGAGCUGGGGUUGUCUUUCUGAAGGAUUUGCUACCCCUCUAUAGCAAGGCCUUCAACUUGAAUCCAGUAGCCGGGCUCGGUGGAUGUAUGAUUUGGUGUCUCUUUAGUUAGGACCACAUCUUUGGAUGACAAGAUGGAAAGGUUAAUCACAUAUCUUUGAGAUUCCGAACUGUCAAUACAAUCUGAACCUGGUUUUUACCAGUAGGAUGCCUGUUAGAACUGAAUUUUGCGGAAAGAAAGAUUUCAAUCAUGUAAAAGUUUGUCUCAGUCGGCUUUUAUUCUGUUCAAUAAUGUAAAAGAAAAACUGAAAACAUAAUCCCUUAAUUGUUUUAGUGCUGAGUGCUGAAUCUGUUGCUCAGCUUUCCCUCUCAA